AUGAUGGAGGGAAACGGGAAGGCCUAUGUCAAUCGGAAUGUUUUCUCCACGCACAGCGAACUGAGCUUCUCAAGCGGGAAUAAAUCUACUUCUUCGACCAAAUUGUAUCGUUCUCCUGCAGAAAACCUCUCUUCCAACGGCGUGAGAGACAAAUAUGACCAUUCGCCGACGGGGCGUGACCCCAUUUGGCCGAGAAACGCCCAGCGCUUGAUGGUGAUGUCAUCCAAGCACACGAAGAAGCCUCAAGGAAGGCGCCGGUCCGCUCAAGACGAUAUUUUAGGAAUGAUGCUCGGCGCCGCCGGACUUUGCGAAGCCUUCUUCGCCGCUCCGCGUAGCUCAAGAUGUCCACAUAACCCAGCCAAUGCUCGGUCAGAUGUAGUUAAUCUUGGCUAUGACUCCGGACAGCGAUGCAUGUAUGCGGCUGAAGAACUCAGUCAAACUCAAGGAUAUCUGGGAAGUGAUAAUAUCAUUCCUCAAGAGGCAAAGAGCUAUGCUUGA